AUGAAUUUUGAAACAAUCAAGUUUACUCAUCAAGUUAGUGCUAUUCUUCAUUCCAUGGCUCCUAUAUUGGAGGAUCUUGGCGCUUUCACAAUUCCUUGUACUAUCAAAAGUGCCGAUUUUGCUAAAGCUUUAUGUGAUCUUGGGGCGAGUAUCAAUUUGAUGACCUAUUUGGUGUUCAAAACUUUGGGGAUUGGGAAACCAAGACCAACAUCUAUGAGGUUACAAAUGGCCGAUCGCACAAUGAAAAGACCGAUGGGUGUGAUUGAGGACGUAUUUGUCCGAGUUGAUAAAUUUAUUCUUCCGGCGAACUUUGUUAUUCUUGAUUGUGAGGUUGAUUUUAAAGUGCCUAUCAUUAUUGGAAGGCCUUUACUUGGUACAGCUAAGGCCCUUUCUGAUGUUGAAGCCGAAGAGCUCACUGCCACAAUGAAUAUUGGUGACGUGUUGGAAGCCAUUUUGCUCAACUUUGAUGAUGAUAAGAUGGUUGAUUUCAUGGAAUGUGUGAAUUCUUUGCAAGGAAUGGGGUCUUACAACUAUGCACCCUGA